CCGGUGGCACCGGGCGACUGCGAGUCUGUCACCAGAGAAGCAAAAAAACGACGUUCUGGCAGAUAAGAUUCGCUCGUUACAAAUUGCAUUUGGACACGACACCUGAAAACAAUGUGCUGCCUUCAAUUCUCUUCAUCUACUUCCUCCACCAUGUAGACAGACUCUCUCUCUCUCUCAUGGAUCAGCUCAAACACGAAAACUUCAACCAAUCCGCGCAGCCUCCGUUCUCAUUUGCCGACGAAUUUCCGCAGCCCGCUUCCGAUCGCCGCCUGCCCCCCACUCGCUCCCAACCCAAUUCAAGCCAAAGGCCUGAGGGGGAAGUUAAGGAUUGUCUAACUGCUAGAAAGAUUCAGAAGGCUGACCGGGAGAAGUUGAGGAGGGAUCGACUAAAUGAGCAGUUUCUUGAGUUGGGAAAUGUCCUAGAUCCGGACAGACCCAAAAAUGACAAAGCAACCAUUAUAGCGGACACAAUUCAAGCGCUGAAGGAUUUGACAUUAGAAGUAGACAAACUUAAAUCUGAGUGUGUUUCUCUAACCGAAGAGUCUCGUGAGUUGACACAUGAGAAAAAUGACCUUAGAGAAGAGAAGGCAUCUCUUAAAUCUGACAUCGAGGACCUUAAUGCUCAGUAUCAGCAGAGACUCAGGACUAUGUUCCCUUGGGGUGCUAUGGAUCACUCAGUUGUAAUGGCCCCACCUUCAUAUCCAUAUCCAAUGCCGAUGACAAUGCCAAUGCCAAUGCCCAUGCAAAUGCCUCCACGACCAAUGCCCAUGCAUCCACAUAUGCAGCCAUACCAUUAUUUCGGAAACCAGAAUCCUGGGGUCAUUCCGAACCCCUGCUCAACUUAUCUUCCAUAUAUUACUCCUAAUACUCUGGUUGAGCAGCAGUCCACCCAAUAUGUAUCUCCAGUAGUGCAUCCAGGAAGCCAGUCUCAAGUUUCAGGCAAACAAGAUGCUAUAAACAAAUCACCCGGGGAGAGCCAGGUUCACAAAAGUGAGGAUUCAAUCGAUGUCACGACAGAACUAGAGUUGAAGACUCCUGGAUCUACUUCGGAUCAGGAUUUGUCAUCAGUACGAAGAAAAUCUAAAAAGUCAGCGAGGCUGGAAAACAGAGAAGGCAGUUCGUCAAGUAGAUGUUCUUCUUCUCGUAGUGUACAGGAUAGCUCAUCUAAUAGUGUAGUUGGUGGCAAAAAGGCUGACGACUGAAAAGGAGAAAAAGGGUUAACAAAGAACAGAACAAGGCAGGUUCUAUUUUUAUUUAUUCUCUUUAAAGCCAUUGUCUUAUGAUUUGGAAAAUAUCUAUGAAAAAUGCGCGAGUCAUCUCACUUCAAGAACGUGUUACGUGUAAACCUAGCCCUCAAAGAAUAUAACCAACUGUUGUUUUCAUUUAAAGAGAAUAGAGUUUGUUAUUAUUUUAUGGUAUCAAUUGCAUCAGGUUGGUUAUAAAAUGUACUAACGACAUCCCCAAACUCUCUAAUAUGCAUAUCCCGUGGAAAAUAGGAAGGAUUUACAUCAUUCCUGGUUAAGUUCAUGUAUUGGCAUAUUAGCAUGGAACAUAAUGCAUGAAGUAGUGGGAGAACGCGUUGGAUGCAAAUAAUGUUUCAAUGUUCUAAUGCGAUGGUCGAGUUUUUGAUCAAGGUCACAUUGAUCAAUGGUAUCUGGUUCUGGUUUGUUAUGGUUUUUGCAUUUCAUCAUGAGGGAGAAGGUGAAUUUCGGCUACAUGAGCGCCGUGGAGACGACCGAGAUGAACUAUCAUAAUGUACAUAAUUCUUCGAUCAAAGUUGGUCGGAGUAUAAUUUACGUCCAAAUACAUUUGGAUGUGAUUUUUAAGCAUGAAAUUGUAGCCUGUAUAAUACAAAAGAGACCAAAACUUA